UAUCAUAAAAACCUGCAGAGCGGACGGCUCUGUGUCUUACGAACAUCUAAAUCGCUCUUCGAAUAAAUAAAGACUUAACUAAAUCAAUAAUUAAAAUAAAGCAGCAUUCCUAAAGUUAAAUAAGAUGUGAUCUCGUGUUGGAUGUAUGAGAAGUGGCAGUUUAUCGCUGAACAAACAACAUCGGCACGGAUGGAAUGUCUCUGGCUUGUGCAGACGCGCGGGUAUGAUGGUGGUGCGGCUGAACCUGCGCGUGGCGCUGGGCGCGCUGUGCUGCGCCGUGCUGCUGCUCACGCUGUUCUGGGCGCGAUGCGGGAAGCUCAGCCGGCCGCCAGUCGGAUCGAUGCUGUCAAACGCGUUGACCGAGCGAAACCCGCGCGAUGAGAUCGAAUGUUCGAUCAACGGCGAAUAUUCGAUCGCCUGUCGCAAAGACCAGGAUGAUGUGUACGUGCCAUUCAACUUCAUAAGGAAGUACUUCGAGAUCUACGGAAAACUAACAUCAGUAGACGGCAUCGAGAAAUUCGAAUGGUCUCACAGCUACAGCAAGAUCUACCAUCCGAAGAAAAAGUACGACCCCCGCGGCACUUUCGUCACCUUCGAAAACUACAACGUCGAAGUCCGGGACCGCGUCAAAUGCGUGAGUGGGACGGAAGGUGUCCCUGUCUCGACACAGUGGGAGCCUAGAGGGUUCUACUACCCGACGCAGAUUGCUCAAUUUGGGUUAUCGCAUUACAGCAAGAAUUUAACAGAGCCUGAACCAAGGAUUAAAGUUUUAGAUGACAGUGAGAAGUAUUUAGAAAAUUGGAUUGUGAGUAAAGACGCGUCGUUGUCCCGGGAGUUUGACGAUAAAGCGCGUUCGAAAGUGUUGAAGUUUUCGACGACUGAACUACCGUCGAGUCAAGUGUGGUUGAAGGUUAAUAUCAGUCAGGAUUUCGUAUUGAGCGUGGACGCGCUGCUGAGGCCGAAUUCCUCGCUGACGGUGGUGCUGCAGAAUAAGGAGAGGAAAGAGACCGCUUACUUGCAUUAUGUUACGAAUACACAGAUGAUUUAUGCUCAGGAAGAGCACAUAUACUACGGCAUCGGCGUAGACCCAAUAUGGCGCCGGCUGACGCGUGACCUGAUCGUCGACAUGCAGAAAGGCUGGGCCCUGCUGGACAGGCCCAAGCGCAAGUCGCCGCGGACCAAGUUCAAGAUCUCCAGUAUAAUCCUGAGUGGCAACGGUUCCCUCGACAACUUGACCAUAAGCACGAGCGCUCACAUGGAGCAGUUCUACGCCGCGGCGUCUUGGCUAGUCCGGCGGCAGCGGGCCCGGAGCGGCGGCUGGCCGAUACCCGUGCGGCGACGAGUGGCGUCGGGGGUCACUGACCUACGGCCUGGCUGGCACUCAGCAAUGAGCCAAGGCCACGGCAUCUCCCUCUUAGCCAGGGCGUUUCAUCGCAGCGGAGACGCUGCGUAUCUGCGGGCGGCCAAGAAAGCCCUGUACCUGCUUGACGUACCGAGCCACGCAGGCGGCGUUAAAGCGAUGUGGAUGGAUAAGCAUGUUUGGUACGAAGAGUACCCGACGAAGCCGCCGCUGUUCGUCCUGAACGGCUUCAUCUACACGCUGCUCGGCCUCUACGACCUCCACGUCAUCGAGGGAGAGAACUCCAUCUCGCUCGCCAAGAAGAUGUUCGACGACGGUAUGUCCUCGCUCAAAACGUUGUUACCUCUCUUCGACACCGGCAGCGGCAGCUUCUACGACUUGAGGCAUUUCACGCUAGGGGUAAGUCCCAAUAUAGCACGCUGGGAUUACCACGCUACUCAUGUCAACCAGCUGUAUUUGCUGGCGGGGUUAGAUGAUGACCCGAUUUUGAUAAAUACGGCUAAGAGGUGGGAGGGGUAUAUGCAGGGAAAACGGGCUGCUCAUAAUUGAACCAACUUAAGUCUUAUUGGAUUAUACUCAGAGGAAUUUUCCAUUGAAACAGGUUUUAAAACCUUUGGCAUUACAUGUUAGGAUUUAAUCCUAAUAUCGCCAGGUCGGACUGUCACGACUCAUGUGAAUCAGUCGUAUUAGCUAGCAAGGCUGGAUGAUGACCCAAUAUUGAUAAAUACGGCUAAGAUGCAGGGAAAAGCGGGCUACACAUAAUUGAGCGAAAUUUUAACGGGAUUUAAAAGAACUAUUUACCAUUAAAUCUGGUUUCUAUGACCUUCGGCGUUUCCAGAUCUCCGAUCUGAUCUGAACGUUUUCGAAAAUUGGGCAUAGCCAGUUGGUUGACCCAAUAUUAAAAUGAUGGGAGGGGUAGUUGAGAAAAAAAGGGACAACUCAUAAUAGUCCUAUGUCAAAUGGACUCAAUGUGAACUUUAUUCAAGUUAGAAGUAAUGUUAUAUUCACUUUUUCAACGACUACGUACUUACACAUUUCUGAACCAAAUAUUGGAGGACAACAUUCUAUAAAAUAAAAAGCAGAUUUG